CAUACGGUACAAGGGUUGGCUCUGCUUUGGUCCACCUGCCAGCCGAGUUUAAAGUUUCCGAGGCUCGGAGGAACACAAUGACUUGGAUGAGACAGCCUAAAAGGAAAGGACACUGCUGCGGCAACCAGGAAGCCCUUGAACCCCAGCUAAGCUAACCGUGUCUUUUUCUUCUUUCUUUCUUUUUUUUUUUUUUUUUCAAUGCGUCUAUACCGCAUACACACAGGACGAACCCACUUAUUUCAUUGAUCAGAGAUUUUUUUUUCUUGACCGUCCAAGAUAGUCUGAUCCUUGGCGACAUAUGGCUGGAAAAUGAAACGACCCGGGAGUGUGGCCACAUCGUUAUUCAGUGUGGUGUAAUACCAGAUGGGCACCGUGAACGGCGCGGGGAUGUGAAUGGACAGUUUGAAAUGGGAAUUUCCCCCCAUCGAGCAGGUUCCAUUUCUCUCUUGGGUCUCUCGGUAUAACGUAUUAGCUUUUGCCCUUCUUCUCUGCAGUAUCAAUUAACUCAACUUGGCGGUGGAGUGGCCAGCGAGGAAGGAAUGAAGUGAUCUGGUUAAUCUUGCUGGCUGCGGAGCGGCGGAGCCUGAAACUGCAGCCGGGUGCAGAUCUGCCGACUGCGCCCGGGGCAUGGAGCGCACCGGCGACCUCGGGGACCCAGGCACUGCCCGGGGAACCCAGUGCUGAGCUACGGAGCCCGCCAGGCCGCCGCCGCCUCGCCUCCUCGCGCCCUCUGCCUUUACUGUCAGUGUCGCCCCUCGCAAAGAGUCAUGGAAGACGGCCCGCUGCCAGACCUCAGAGACAUCGAGCUGAAGCUGGGGCGCAAAGUGCCCGAGAGCCUAGCGCGCUCGCUGCGCGGGGAGGAGCCGGCGCCCGGGGAAGGGGCUGCGGACCCCAGCGGGGUUGGUGGGAGCUGCAGCAGCAGCAGUAGCUGCAGCAGCUUCGCGCCCUCCGUGUCCUCCUCGUCUUCAUCCUCCCCUGCCUCUGGCUCUCCAAGACGUAGCCACCCCAGCGCCCUGGAGAGGUUAGAGACCAAACUGCACAUCCUCAGGCAGGAGAUGGUUAACCUCAGAGCCACUGAUGUAAGGCUCAUGCGUCAAUUGCUCCUCAUCAAUGAGAGCAUCGAGUCCAUCAAGUGGAUGAUUGAGGAAAAAGCCACCAUUACCAGCCGAGGCAGCAGUCUCAGUGGCAGCCUGUGUAGCUUGCUGGAGAGUCAGAGUGCCUCCUUACGUGGUAGCUACAACAGCCUCCAUGAUGGCAGUGACGGGCUGGAUGGCAUCUCAGUAGGGAGCUACCUGGACACUUUGGCAGAUGAUGUACCAGGUCAUCAGACCCCUUCAGACUUGGAUCAGUUCAGUGACAGCUCCAUCAUAGAGGACUCACAGGCUCUGCACAAGCAUCCCAAGUUGGAUUCUGAGUACUACUGCUUUGGCUAAUGAUCCACUUUUUUUGCAUGGGACUGGUGUGCAAUUAAACUUGUAUGUAUCCUUCUUCUCUGCUGCUAUAUUUUUGGUGUGAUUUAUUUUAAUAAUUCAAUCUUUUUAAAGAAGCUUAUUUUUAAACUGCUUAAUGAGAUUUCUGUUGCUCCUAAUAUUUCUCAUCUAGACUUAUUUUUCUCUGUUACAUCUCUAUUUUUAUUUAUUGUAAUAAUCUUUCUCCCUUCUCUUACAGUAGCACAGACAAAGUCGAGGGGGAAAAAUAAGCAAUAAUUGUUUCUGCUUUUGAUUUCAGAGUGAGGGGUCAGGGAUUAUAUGAAACACUUUGCUAAAUUUUCCAAUAAACCAAAGUCUGAUCAUGUCCUUCAUACUGUGGUUUGUGGUGUUAAGUGAUUUGAGAUUUCUAUGUGCCAGAAGAUAUGAAGAUAUUUUACUGUUUGUGUAUUAAAUUACACCAGCUAUUUGGACACAGGUAGACAUUAUUUCAAAGUCAGAAUGUGUUGUUGCAUGGUGAGCUGUGCUUUUAGACACAUAUAUCCACAUCACUGACAUUUGGAAGACCCUCCUUGCAUAGACUCGAUUUAGCCUACUCCACUGUUAACAUUAUAGAUUAGAGUUUUAGAAUCAAUGAGUUUAACUCAAAUCUUGAGUUUGUUUUACAAUAUGUAUUAUAGUACUAAAUUUCGAAGGAAAAUGGGUCAUAGUUUUCAAGGUGAGUACAGGCAAAGACCUUUGGAUUUCUGUGGGUGGCAGAAAGGAGAGAUGGAAAGAAUGAAAGAGUAGUUUGUCAGAUCUGAAGCAGGAUAGUGAAGAUUGGUGAAUACACAGAGAAAGGUCACCAUCUCAGCCACAUGGAGCUUUGAGCCAGGCAGGCAGAUGAGAAACUUUCCACAGGAAGAAGAUGACAGAAAUGACUACCACAUGUAUGUUAUGGUCCCUCUAGUAGUUCCUCCCUUCAGGAAUUGUCUUUCCCGGUCCCAGGGAAUCUGGGAAGUGUCAUAUUUCAUUAGGAAUAUAUUUUGAAAAAUUAAAAAUAGUUUGAGAUUUACAGAUAUUUUCUUACAUAUAUUUUGACAUUAGUAGAAGGCAUAAACAUGUGCAGUAAGAUAAGAGCAGAACCAUUAUAACUAUAAAUCUUAAUAUUAUUUUUUCAUCCUAAGAUGGAAAAAUAAUUUUUUAGUUUUCUGAAUUGAUACCUGAAUAUGUUUUCAUUUAUAUAAUGAGUCAAAACACUUCAUUUCUCUUUGGGUAUUUAUCUUGUUUUACUUUAUAUGUGUGUGUUUGGUGGAGGUAAUGUGCACAUGGAUACCUAUGACUGUGGUGGCCAAAGGCAUUAGAACCUCUGGAGCUUGCAUUAUGGGCAGUUGUGAGCCAGCUAACAUGGGUUCUAGGGAUCAGGCUCUGGUCCUCUGAAGGAGUAGCACAAGCUUUUAAUAGCCAGGCCAUCUUUCCACAACCAUUUAAUUUUGAUGUGGUGUUAUCAUUCCUAUUCAUUAUUUUUUCUAGUGAGAAACCUUAAUUAAGAUUUCAACAUAUUCUAAAGAAUAAUACAUAUCUGUGCACUAAACAUUUGACAGUAUAAGUCAAUAGGAUCUUGUAUUGCCAUCAAGAAAUGUCCCUGUUCAAAGAAUAUUUCCUAUCGUUUUUUAUAUGCUCAUUGUAUAAUUGUCAUUUUUUUGUUUCCAAAAUACAUAUCACUCAACUUCCAA